CCUCCCAGCCGCACGAUGGCGCUGAGCCCGCUGGAGAGCAGGGGGGCGGGGAUCCUGAGCGCCGCGGCUACUUUCCGGGCUGCCGCGGCUCUGCCAUCUGUCACCCUGGCCCUUCUCUGCUUGGACGGUGUCUUCCUCUCCUCGGCCGAAAAUGACUUUGUCCACCGGGUCCAGGAGGAGCUGGAUCGCUUCCUGCUGCAGAAGCAGCUAUCCAAGGUCCUUCUUUUCCCCCCUGUCUCCAGCCGCCUACGGUACCUGAUUCACAGAACAGCAGAAACUUUUGAUCUCUUGAGCAGCUUCUCUGUUGGGGAGGGCUGGAAGAGGAGAACAGUCGUCUGUCACCUGGACAUCAGGGUACCCAGUUCAGAUGGCCCCUCUGGUCCCUGCCGCCCUCCUGCCUCCCAUCCCAGCAAGUACCGUGGCCCUCGGUACACCUCACAUCAGGGAGCAGCUGCUGGUUCCCGAGGUGCUCCUGCUGGCCGGUGGCAUCGCGGGCGGAAGCCAGAUCAACCUCUGUAUGUGCCCCGGGUGCGAAGAAGGCAAGAUGAACCAGUAGCACCCUCCAUCCCGGGCCUCAGGGGAGAGGCCCCAGCUGGUGGAGUUUCAGAAGAGCCAAGAGGGGCUGGGGACCCUGAAGCUGAUCACGGAGUUCCCAUGUUGGUGACUCAGGGAACAGAGCUCCCGAAGAGCCCAGAUUCAGGCUGUGCAAAUGAUUCACAGUUGGAGUUGGGUGACACUGAGCCCUCUGAGAAUCCUUCCAAGAAGGAACAAGGGGUGGAGACAGCCGUGCGGCAGGGGUCCAGCCCACAGCUGGCCACGGAGGAGGAAAAGGAGGGGGAAAAUAGGAGGCUGGAUGAAGAAGAAAAGGAUGGGGAAGAAAAUGAAGAGGAUGACGCCGACCAUGAUGAUUUCAGUGAGCUGCUACAGGAGAUCACAGCCAACCUAACUGAAAAGGAGAUCGAGGUAGAGAGGAUCCACCUGGACACAUCCUCCUUUACAGAAGAGCUACCCGGGGAGAGGGACCUGGCCCACGUGGUGGAGAUCUAUGACUUUAAGCCAACACUCAAGACUGAGGACCUGCUGACCACCUUCUCCGAGUUCCAAGAGAAGGGGUUCAAGAUACAGUGGGUGGAUGAUACUCACGCCAUCGGCAUCUUUCCCUGCCAGGCCUCAGCCGCUGAGGCCCUGGCCAGGGAUUUCUCCGUGCUCAAGAUCCGGCCACUCACACAGGGAACCAAGCUGUCCAAGCUCAAAGCCUUGCAGAGGCCAAAGCUCCUGCAGCUAUCAAAGGAGAGGCCGCAGACAGAUUCAGCAGUGGCCCGCAGGCUGGUAGCCCGGGCCUUGGGGCUCCAGCACAACAGAAAGAAAGAGCCGUCUGCUGCUCCGAGUCUCCUGCCAUCUUGAGGCACCAGAUCCAGCUGUCCAGACUAGACUGGACUCCAACACCAUCACGCCUUUACAGACACAAGGACAGCCCCUUGUCCCCACUGGAACUGCUGUGGGGCACAGUGGGCUUUUGUUGAUCUGGUCCCAGAAAUUGAAAAGAAAUAAAAAUUUAAAGUUGUA